UGGUAAACGAGAAUUCGAGCAAUGGCCCCUUUUCUUGUUUGGAUGUGUCUGCUGGGACGUCUACUACGAGCCUCGUCACAACCUACGGUCUCAGCCUCAGAGUUUCACCUGGAGGGGGAUUAUCUGAUAGGUGGACUUUUUAAUAUUCAUCGUGUCAGUGAACCCGUUUACUAUGACAAACCAGAAGUCAUCGACUGCUCCAGUGAACCCUUAAUACUGUCAAGUUAUCGGAGGUUUCAGAUGAUGAGAUUUGCUGUCGAGGAAAUCAAUAACUCCACCAACCUUCUGCCAAAUGUAUCGCUUGGCUUUGACAUACAUGGCCACUGUUCAAACACCCUUCCAGGGAUUUUCAGCCUCCUCUCAGUCAACCGCUCCAUCCAUCCUUGGAGUGCACCACAGACAAAUCUGUCCAAAAUGAUCGCAGUGGUUGGCGCUUAUACAAGCACUGAGACACUGACUGUAGCACCACUAUUCAUGAUUGAUCUCAUUCCUAUGGUUAGUUAUGGAGCUGCAAGCUCUGUCUUUUCAAGAAAACAGAAUUUCCCCUCUUUCUUACGGACAGUACAUCCCAACAAGGAUGUCAUAGAAGUGAUCCUCAAAAUCCUACUUCACUUUAACUGGCACUGGGUUACUUUCCUUUACAUUGAUGAUGAUUAUGGCAAAGAUGGCCAGCAGGUGUUCAUAGAUAAGAUAAAGGACACCGAGAUCUGCCUAGCGUACACCAAAGAACUCAAUCAUAAUACAAAUUUCAACCAAGUGUUCAAACAGAUAACGGCCCAGAGAGUUCACAUAAUAAUCGUGUUUGCUCCCGAAUGGACGGCAGAAGCUCUCAUCGAGGCAGCAAUACAGAAAAAUUUCACCGACAAAGUGUGGAUCGCAGGAGACGCAUGGUCCUUAAACAAGAGACUCCCCAAAGAGAAGGGGAUCAGAAAUGUUGGAACUGUGCUUGGAGUCGCUGAGCCAUUCAAGCCAAUACCUGGUUUCAGUGAUUUUAUCUAUUCUUCCAAAAGUCACACUCACAGUGAGAAUGAAGAACAACAGAAUUUGUGUAAUCAGGUUUGCAACUGCCAUAACCUGAGUGCCGAGGAUGUCGUUGCUGCAGACCCCUCCUUCUCUUUCCCUGUGUAUUCUGCUGUUUAUGCCAUUGCUCAUGCCUUGCACAGCAUAUUGCAAUGUGGAGCUGGCACAUGCAAUGACAACGUCACAGUGCACCCGCACAUGAUUCUAGCAGAGCUGAAGAAGUCAAACUUUACACUGUUGAAUCAAAGAAUUCAGUUUGAUGAAAAUGGUGACCCCAGGUUCGGAAUCUAUUCUUUAGUCUUCUGGAACCACAGUGGUGAUGCACAGGAGAUUGGUUUUUAUAGUUUUCACCCAUCCAAUUUCGUCAUCAACAGCACUAAAAUUCAGUGGCACUCCAAAGGAGAGGUGCCAACAUCACGGUGUUCCCCAGAAUGCACUGCAGGACACAGAAAAAAACAAGAUAGAAUGCAGCACUGCUGCUUCACGUGUGAAGUUUGCCCUGAUGGAAGUUAUAUUAACACCACAGAGGACGCCUACACGUGCAUGCCAUGUGCAGAGACAGAAUGGUCUACAGAAGCAAGUACGUCAUGUAAUCUUCGGUUGGUGGAGUACAUCAGAUUCACAGACAGUGCAGCCAUACUGAUCAUGGUCGGGGCCUUGGUCUUGGUGGGCAUCACACUCGCCAUGUCUGUUCUCUUUGCCAUUAACUACAACACUCCUGUUGUCAGAUCAGCUGGGGGACCAAUGUGCUUCCUAAUCUUAGGCUGCCUUUGUCUGAGUAGUUUUAGCGUGUUCUUUUACAUUGACAAGCCAACAUUUUAUUUUUGCAUCCUGAGGUACUUCCCAUUCUUUUUGUUUUACACGGUUUGUAUUGCAUGCUUUGUUGUGCGCUCUUUUCAAAUUGUUUGCAUUUUUACAAUAGCUGCCAAGUUUCCCAACGCCCACAGUUGGUGGAUAAAAUAUCACGGACAAUGGCUGGUCAUCACCGUGAUAUCCGUCACCCAGGCACUCUUCCUUGUCAUUGGCUAUUCACAAGGACCACCCAAGCCCAAAGAAACAUUGUGGUACCCAGACAAAAUCCUACUUGAAUGUGACAUGAAUAUGAAAGCCAAUUAUGCUUUACUUGUAUUGUUGUGCUCUCUUUGUUUUGUUUUCUCCUACAUGGGAAAAGACCUUCCAAAAAAUUACAAUGAAGCCAAAGCUAUAACUUUCUGUCUGCUCCUGCUGAUCCUCACCUGGGUCCUUUUUGGCACUUACCACAACCUCACACGUGGCAACAGUAUUACAACUCUUAAUGCUGUGGCAGUACUCGUCAGUCUCUACUGCUUUCUCCUGUGGUAUUUCCUGCCAAAAUGUUACAUCAUCAUUUUUCAACCUCACAAGAACACACAGCAGUAUUUCCAAGGACUCAUUCAGAAUUAUACCAAAACAAUUAGCCAGUAGCUACGGCACCGAUUUGCAUUUAGCCUUGUAUUACUGCAAUAGG